GUGGAAGUGAUUUUUUUCAGAAGAAUAAUAAUGGAUCGACUACCAAAGAUAUCUUGUUUUCAAAGUAAAAAUACAGCUGAUCUUACUGCAUUGGUGCAUGAAAUCUUCCAAGAUGAAUUUGAAAAGGAAACCAUUAGCUGGCAUCUUGCGAAUAACUUGACCCAGUCAUCCCGAGGUUGUUCUGUUCAAGAACAAUUUUCUAUGGAUGUUUCGAAUGUAAUAACUGCUCAUCAGGCUGUGAUGAAUGAAAUUGAAUACAUCGAAGCCGAGUUAAUAGACAAUGUCCUCCACUGGAUUUCUCAAAAUGAAAAAAUGAAAGAGUAUCAGAGAGUUCGAAAUAUGCUACGGAUUAAAAAUAAAUCACUUUUUGUUGACCUAAAGGAUUCUAAUAUAACCAAAAAAUAUCAUCUUUUAUGCUCCAGAGAUUAUUUACCUGAAAAACAUGAAUGCAUUGUAGAUUUUCAGAUAAAUGAAAAAUUGCAGUCUUGGAUAAAAGAGAAAUCUCCACAAAAUAAUUCAAUACAACCAUCUUACAUCGGACACGACUUUUAUGGAUCUUCUGUUCUCAAAAAAUUGCCAGUUAUUACAAAGAAGAGUUCGCAUAGUAUGUCUGGUUCAAGAAGUCACUCUUUACACAAGAAAAGUGUAAUGAAAAUUGAUUUUUAUAAAACUGUCCUUAUUGCUGAACCACAUACUGUGAAAUUUCAUAAUUUCAAUAUAGGAGUACAGUAUCAGAAAUGCGUGCUACUAAAGAAUGUCGGGUCCAACAUUGCCAAAUUUCAAAUCCAACAAUUGGAUAAUCCAAGGUUCUCGAUUACUCAAAAAACUACAAAUGGAGAUAGGCAGAAUAUUGCACCUGGAAUGAAUAUAAAAAUUGGUAUUAAUUUCUGUACUGAUAAUCCAGAAGAUAUUGAAGAACAUUUGAUGAUAAAUGUUCAACAUGCAAGGAGUCUCAUUAUCAAAAUUGUGGGUUACCGGGAUCCUCCAAAGCUGACUGGAUUCAUAAUUCGUCUACACCCAAAGUAUGAUCAUCCUGAACAUUUUUCAACAAAGUGUCAAAAUGAUUUCUACUGUGAUAGAUAUCCAAAUGCAUUAAGCGAUGAGUCUGUAGAAGAUGAUGAAGAUAUUUCUGACAAUGUAAUCAUUGCUGGAUCUACUAUAGAAUGUCGGAAAGGAUUCGUUGGAGAAUUCAUACUUGUCUUAACAAAAGUGAAAAAUGUUGGAUAUUCAGGAGAAUUUUUUAUAAUGAGUGAAAUUGACUGGUGCAUGAUGCAAGUUAAUGAUGUGAUGACCUCUAAUAUUAUAUUAUUACCAUCGUUCGCUAUAUGGCCAGUUUAUUUUUCAUUGCUCCAUGAUGAAGUCUUAGAAAUUUUUACUUUUUUUUAUCCACAAACCUAUGGAUUACAAGUGGAUAAACUGUAUAUUAUUUGCAACAAUUAUAGUUGUCAGCCAGUAGAACUUAUUGGUGAUGGAAUUUUGUAUGAUUCCGAAUUCAUAUGUUUUGGAAAAAACCUGGAGGAAAACGUGGCUAAGGGACUUUCACAUUUCAUUUUGGAUCUUGGAAUUUGUCCUGAGAAUACUAUUAUUGAGAAUCAGAUUUUGGUAUCAAAUAAUAGGCUAUUUAUAGAAGAUAUUCCAGUGACUGCACUUCCAAAAAAUGAGCAAUUUUAUAUCCAACCCAGUAAAACAAAAAGACGAACUUGCUACGAGUCUGUAGAUAUAUGGAUUGGCAAAGUUGAAAUACGCUUACAAUGUAUUAUCCUAAAUCUGACCCUUCCUGUUAAAGAAACGGAAAAAACUUAUACUAUUAAUGAAAUGAAGGAGCAAGAAUUGUCAGAAACAAUUGUCGAAGAUAAAAAGUCUCCAAAAAAUGUCUGCUGCAAAUCCGAAGAGGAAUUUUUGGAACCGGACAUAAUCAAUGCUCAGAAUUUGACACCGGCAAUAAUUUGUCCUGGAAGGCCAUUGUAUUCGAAUGUCGAAGAAACUUUUUUAAUAAUCGUUCAUAAUCUUUCAUGCAAGUCUGCUCCGUUCGAAUGGGGCAAGCCUUCGGGGUCGGAUGAUUCAAAAAUGGAAAUUUUCUUUGAUCCAAAAUCUGGAGAAAUACCCCCACGUACUACGAAACUCCUCGAGAUACGCUGUUUACCGUUAAAACCAGGAAAAGUAAAAGAUCUUUUUCUACCUUGUCACAUGGGAGCAUCGAAAAUUCAAAAAACCUUGAGAAUCGAAUGCACCAUAGAAACUAUGAGUGUAACAUUCUAUUUCCCAGGAAUAACAAGUUUCCAUGGCUCAUCUAAUAAAGAGACUCUUUGUAUACACUGGGAAGCCCUUUCUGUUUCUGCCUUGCACAAAAAUAUUUCAGAAGAACGCGAGUUGAGAACAGUUCAUCUUGAUCCUGGCAACGUAUUGAAAGAAGUGUCACUCAGUACAGCAAGGCUAGAAGAUACAAUUAUAGAGCCUGAUCAAAACGUAGAAGAAGAACUUGAAGAGAGCAGAGAAUCCAAACCAAGAAGUUGGAAUGAUCUUCUUCAGGGAAUAAUUUGGAGUAAGGAUCAUCCUGAAGAACAUAUUCAAUUAGUAAACCCACAUGCUGUAGUGCCAUUCCACAAAACAAUAUUACCAGCAAUACCUCAUCCAGUAGUCAUAGAGUUUCUGGAACUGCCUCUGCAUACUGUUCGAAAAGAAACAUUUGUAAUUCGCAAUGAAACUCCAAUCUCAGCAAAGUUUUCUAUGUCUGUGAAAAAUUUUGAUCUUGUUCGAGAAAUUCCUACUGAAUUAAAAUCCGCUGAGGAACGUAUAUUAGACACUUAUUUCAAUGUCAUGACAGGGGAAUCAGUAGGAAUGAAGUGGUAUAAAGGGAAACAGGCUGGUUCUGGGGUUGUUUUAGUGAUCUAUCCUUUGCAUGGAGGACUUGGUCCUUAUGAGGCAAUUAAAAUUAAUAUCCUGGCCUACGCAGACACUUGGGGUACCUAUACAGAUGAAGUUACUGUCAACAUAAUUGGUUUACCAAUCUACACUUUUGGAGUCUGUGUACAAGUUACACAAUCUCCCAUAUGUUAUCCUAUAUGCAGAAGUUUGAAGCAGAAGUAUCCAUUAAUCAGAUUUGGUGAUGUGAAAUAUGGUAGUAAACCUUUGACUAGAAAGGUACAAGUGGAAAAUAAUUCUAUUUUACCUUUUAUGAUAAAUUGGCAUUGCUUUUUGCAUCGUCCUGCUUUUCAUUUAAUUGAUAAACCUUUCAACCUUGUCUUGGAUCUCUAUACUCCCUUCGUUGACAGAGAUAUUACAAUGCAAGAUUGUCACUCUAAAGGGGGGCAUAGUAUCUCAAAAAUUUUAAGAAAUCCUGAACUGUAUGACUCAACCGAGAGUACUUUAAAAUGUGAAAAUGCGAAUAGUAUCAGUAGCAGUUUUAGUUUAAUCUCUGGUUUUACGGAAUAUCCAACCACUACCAUAACAGAUAUAAGUUUUAACAACGCCAUCGGCAGUAUGUCUCAGAAAAAUGAGGAAAAGGAUGGAAUGAAAAAUUAUAUUGGUAAAUUUGCACAUCUGUUCGAAGGAUCCCAAGAUGCUACUCAUAAAGAUACCAAUAUACAAUUGUCUUUGAUUCCAUAUUAUGGUCAAGUGGACUAUCAUGUCUUCUCUGUAUCUCCACAAGAAAUGUUUAUUCCUGCAAAAUCUAAACGUUGGUUGACCAUAACUAUGAUCCCUGAUAAACAUGAGACUUCCCACAGUGACAGUAAAAUAUAUGGAAAAGCAUUAGGAUUUAUAAGAAUUGCACCAAUGCAUAAGUACAAAGCAGAUUGUUUUUCGAGGUCAGAUGGAUAUUUUUUUCUACCUACUGAAAUCCAAUUUGAAGGGAAUUUAAUAAAUCCUCGAUUACAGUGGGAUAUUCCAAAGUCAGAGAGAGUAUUCAUAUUUUAUGCAGCUAGUAUAAUACAACAUUUCAAACAGCAAAUGCAAAUCAAAAGGCGAUAUAUAUUUAGAAAUCAGUUUAGUGAUUCGAUUAAUGUGAACAUCGUGACUAUGGAGCCCUUCUCCGUAGCUCGAAUUUUUACACAAAAGGGAUGUACUAUGUGUGGGGAUGCUGAUUAUAUAAUACUAAAUCCCGAAGAAAGUGUAGAAGUAGAAAUACUUUGCACCUUGUCUGCUUCGAAUAUAAAAAGAUUAAUGGACUACGGUAAUUCUCGCGAAAAUAGCAAAUUAUCUGUGGAUAUAAAUCGAACUUUACAAAUCAUUCAUACAGGAUCUUGUACACAGUUGAUAAGCAGUUCUUCAUAAUAACAAAGAAAUUUGAAAAUGACAACUUUGUCUGUCAUCCGGCCCAGGGAUAUCUGGAAGGCAAACCGACUCAUGGAAAUAGUAGCAUAGAAAUUACUAUAGAUUUCAUCCCCA